AUGGCUGGAGCGUACGAGCUGCACUGCUUGCCAGGCUCACACACACACGACCUCGCAUCGCUCGACCCUCACUCGCUCGUCGCAGCAUCGUAUCUCCAGCUGUUGUGUCCAGGAGAAUGGACUCUCGUGCACUGCUCAGACCCUGGUCUCUCGCCCUCGGGCUCACUGCACUUCCUCAAGCGCGGACCAGACACCUUUGCAGGAUCAGCCAUCCUCGCGCACUUGCUACAGCAGAAUGAGCAGGGCAGUGGGGCCACGAACGGCGACGCAAAGGCGUUCCAGACGUUGCUCGACACGACCGUCCUCCCGCUCGUCCUGCACUCGCUCUACUCGCUGCCGCAAAACUGGCUCUUCAUCCGCUCCCUCCUCGUCCCUUCCCUCCCCUGGCCUACCGCCUUCUACCGCCCGAACGCCCUCCGCGCCUCAGCUCGCACCCAAGUCGACGCCCUCCACCCAGACUGGUGGGGACUCGGCGGGGAGGCAGAGAAAGAGGCCGAGGACGAGAGGAGGAGGAAGAAGGCGUUGCUUGAGACGGGCUUGGAGGGGAUUAGGGAACGCAAGGAGGAGGAGAGGAGGGAGGGGAAGGAGAGGAUGAAGAAGACGUUUGGCGAGGGGAAGAUCGUCUCGGCCGCACGACAGGUAUUCACGGCGCUCGAGUCGACGCUGGCUGCGUCCUCGACGCCGUUCUUCUUCUCGUCGCCCUCCCCUUCGCCUCUCGACGCCCACCUCUCCUCGCUCCUCUCUCUCGUGCUCUACCUCCCCCUCCCAACGCCCAUCCUCGCAGACCUAAUCAACGCCUCCUUCCCCCGCCUCUGGACGCACACCGCCCUCCUCCGCCGCACACUCUGGUCCUCCGACUCGCUUCCCCUUCCCCCAACUCGUUCACCCACCUCUUCCUCACUCACUUCCUCCCUCUCAGGCGCACUAAAAGCGCUCUUCCCCCUCCCCUUGCCCUUCUCGCCCCGCCUCACCCGCUCCGGCAAACCCCUUUCCUCCACCCCUCCACUCUCCAAAUCCGACCUCGCAUUCCGCCGAAAACGCUAUACGUUCUUCGCUGUCUGUGCGGUGGGUGUCGUUGGAUGGGCGGUCGGGACGGGACAGAUGCCGCUUCCUUGGGUAGGGAGGUUGGGACGCGUUUUGGGAUUGGGAGGAGGGAGGGGAGGGUGGGUUAGGUUUAGGGCUGGAGUGGAGGGGGAGGAAGAGGAGGGGGAGUGGGAGGAGGAAGAGGACGAGGAUGAAGAGGAGGAAGACGAGUUUGACGACGACGAGGAUUGA